CUGAGGCUCGGUGAGGCUCAUGACGUGGCAGUGUGCAGAUUCUCCAUCGGCCUGCGCGCAGUCGCCCUGCGUUAGCGACAAUGCGCCACACUGUUGCCGCCGAGUGCCCUGAGGAACAUCGCAACCAUGCCUCUGAGAUUUCAAUCAAUGCAUUUAACAGUUUUAGGGACUGAACACUUUAUUUAGUCAUUCAUCCCUUUGUCAAUUUCUCUAAUUACCAACACUCACUCCAUCAUAUUUCAUACUAACCACCUUAUUGCAGGCUAACUUCAAGCCAUGAAGUCGUUGUCGCGAAUUGGGUCACCGAUUUGGCCCCCAGUGGCAGUGCCCAGUCAGCCUUGCAUGCAGCCAUGAGAGAGUUGGUAAGCUCGACUGCAUUCAAUGGCGAUUGAUAAGCUCUCCUUGCUCUCCUCUCCAACUCCAUGGACAAUUCCUGCCUCGCAGGUAUCUCAUGGCAGACGUCGAGGACGAUUUUGCAGAAACUCCAGCACCUGAAUACCCCACAGGCUCGGGAAAAAGAAGGAAGCAGGGGGACUCAUCAGCACAUCAGUUCCACUCUACGAUAUCCCGCGACGCUUCCAACGGCCACGAUAAAUACCCUAUCUUCUCGGAAGCGCAAUUGCGAAAAGAUAGUGACGACGAAGAGCCGGAUCUUUCUUCCAAAACACCGGCCAAUCUUUUUCCAGGCUCCUCCAGUAAAUGGAACGAGCAUGCUCAAUUUGCGGCUGAUUAUAUAAAGGCAUCUAAAUAUAAAGGGGCUAAACCCCCUAUGCCACAGAGCUUGAACGAUCGCCCAGAUAUGUCGACCGCAAGAGCUACAGCUCGUACGAACGGACUGGAUCGAGUGCGUUCGUCCUAUGAUAGGCCUACACCAGCAGAGCCAAUGCGAAGCAGCCGUCCCAUAGUUGAGUGGGAGCGCCAACGGUAUUCGCCCCCAUCAACAAUUGAGGAAGCCGACGAUGAGGGAAUAUAUCAUCCUCGAUCUCGCUCUCCCUCGCCCAUACGAGUCCUUCGGUCAUCACCGCCGCCUCCACCACCGCCUGGUCCUGAUUCCAGGCGUCGUCGGAGAGUAGUUGAGCCGGAACGUGUUAGUGUUAUUGAGAGAUCACUUCCUGUUCGGCGACCUCCCGGUACAUCACAUGGCCAUCACAAUCCAGAAUUUUCCGGGCGGCGAGUUCUUGUUUCUCAGAAAUAUGACCCAGAUAUGGAAGAAGGGCCUCGGUACCAGGCACCACUACCGCUACCACGUGCAUCGACCUUCGCCCGACCUUAUGAUUACCUUGAUGAGAUUGAACCAAUUCCGGCACCCCCAAGAUCGGCCUCAAAACGGAAGUACCCAGAUCACGCAAAACAUGAAGAUCCUCAUCCUGCUUAUGAUUACUCACCAGAUAUUCCGAGCAAUGACCAAGAUAUUCGGUACAAUGGGCCCGAGUUGUGGCGAUCAUAUGAAGCAGAUCAAGUAGAGUCGGAGGAUGACUUGAACUCAACUUGGACGCCAGAAACCGUGGCGCCAUUGAGGCAAAGACCUCCCGUGAAGAAAUACCCGAGCAAAGCACCAUCAUACAGGAUUUUGUGUCGGGUCGAAUGCGAUGUUGUUCAUGAGAGACGACAUACGGAAGAUCGUGUCCAUCCAGCCUUGAUUUUCGAAGAUGUGCCUCACUGGAACCCUCGGUUCACAAAAACGAAAGGCCAUCUGACCGGAUUUCGACCCAUAUACAGCCUAAGCCAAUGGUUGAAGUCCAUCGAUCCUCUGAGUUUUGUGGUCUAUCGAACCUAUUUAUGCUCUUGGAGCUCAUUCAAAACCAUCCCUCGCGACGGCACAUUGGAUAUGCCAACCCUUCGAGUCGCCGACUCUGAAGCUAAAGACUUUAAUGAAUCCAUCGAGGUCUUGUCCAGCGAGCUGGAAGAAGCUCUUCUAUCCGUUGCGAAAUGCAAAAUAGAAUGUUUCACUGGACUCCAAGAUGCCGACUCUCGCAGCGGUAAUCUGAUAUUUGACAGUCCCUAUCUCUUUUUCUAUCACCACCGGGCCGUACUUAGCGAGUUGUCUAAACAAGGCGAUGAACGACUGAGGCGAGAGGUCUUCCCACUGCUGAUAUAUCUGAAAGAGAGACAAAAGGCCCUUUACAGGCAGGCCGACCAUCAUUUCGCUAAGAAAACGACAGAUGCCAAUGUUCUCAAGUUUCUGUUCUGCCCUAAUGAGAUCGUCGUAUCCAAGACGAAGAAAAGUGACAUCGAGUGUGCUUACGCAAUUCGGUACCUUCACUUUUUCCCCGAUGACUCGAUAGAGUUGAUCUGCUGGGCUUGGACAUAUGAUGGCACGGAGUUGAAACGGAGAGAGAAAAAGAUCGAUGUGAGAUACAAAGCAGGAAAUGCAAGAUCUGUCCUGAAAUUGGCGGCGUAUCCCUUGCGUUUUGCGCCAGAAGAGUUGAGGGCCAAGUUAUUUGCUCGCGGAACACGAUUCUGGGAGCUUCGUACGCCGCAGUUGGUAACUUACAAAGGGAUGAACUUUCUGCAGGAGAAGUACAUUAAUGAUGGAAGAUGUAUGCUCGACUAUCCGACGUACAAGAUCAUGCACCGUGAAGCGGAACCUUUCAACCUCAAGAAGCAGCUUGCUCCUCGCCCUCUUGAUUAUGAUAAUUUCCCCGAGACAGUCAGUAAAGAUGGGACGUUGACUGAGGACGAGACGAUUCUCUGCCCACCUAACAUACACGGCUUUCUCUUGAAGGAAAAAGUAUGGGUUAACCUUUUCGUCGAUAAUGUUCGCGGGGUAACGUGGAACAAGGAUGCGUUCAAGCGACUGGUUAUGCCGCCUAAUACCAAAGACCUCGUGGAGGCACUGAUCAAGGCCCAUGCUUCCGCGAGCUGGCAACAAGGAGGGCUGGUAUCAGGCAAACGUUUGGAUUUGAUUGCAGGGAAGGGACUGGGGUUGAUUAUGCUGCUUCAUGGAAGUCCUGGAACGGGAAAGACUUUGACAGCUGAAAGGUACGCACGAUCAUUACAUGCCGUGUAAAUGAAUUAACUAAUACAACUUUAGUGUAGCGGAAAUCGCGGAGAUGCCGCUCUAUUCCGUGACGUGCGGUGACAUUGGUAUCGAGGUUGAUAAGGUUGAGCAAUAUCUGGAGAGGGUACUCUACCUUGGAAAAAAAUGGAACUGUGUUCUGCUUCUGGAUGAAGCAGAUGUUUUCCUGGAGGAGCGAAGUCUGAAUGACUUGAAGAGAAACAGUCUUGUCUCUGUUUUCUUGCGAACCUUGGAGUACUACGAAGGAAUCUUAAUCCUAACAUCCAACCGCGUCGGCACUUUCGACGAAGCCUUCCGAUCACGCAUCCAACUCGCCCUCCACUACCCCAAACUCACACCCCCAUUCCGUCGCCGGAUCUGGCAGAACUUCUUCGAUAUUCUCUCCGAAGACAAAGAAGACGUCGACCUGCCAGAUCUUACUUCACACAUGGAUGAGUUGUCGAAGCGCGAGAUGAAUGGACGCGAGAUCAGGAAUGCGUUGACGAGUGCGAGGCAGUUGGCUAGUUACAAGGGGGUUACGCUGGAGUGGAGACAUCUCCUGGAGACGAUGAGUGUGGGUGAGGUUUUUGGUAAGUAUUUGAGGGAUGUGCAUGGUCAUGCGGAUGAGGAUUGGGCGAGGGAGGAGCAGUUGAGGUAGGUGUAAGGUCUGUAGGGACUGUGGAGAAAAAGGAAGGAGAGGCACUACAGUACAGUAAGCGAGGGGUUUGUUGAGGUGAUGAGGUGAUGAGAACGCGAAAGAGAUACCCAGCCCACAGGGCGAUGUUUGUUUUGACCUAACUCAACUACUAGGACUCAGUACUGAAAAAUAGGCGAUUUCCGCAUGUCCCCAAAUCACACGCAGUAGUGCUGCUUCCAGACCUCUCCCUCCAUUAAGGUUCCUCCAAGUUCUUCCAUCCAGUAAUCAUACAGUAGCUCAAGUAGUCUCCUCUCCCCCUCCCCCUCCC